CAAUAUUAUCUAGGUACGAGUAGAACUGAACGGAGCAUCUCCGUAGAGAAGCAGAAACCUCCAGAGAGUUCCAGGAACAACUGGAACGUGCAGAAAGCGACCAACGUCUUCCACCAGGAACACACCGUGACUAGGGACUCUAGGGGCAGGGUGUUGGGCUCAGGGUUCAGGGGUUGUACGGUCUGGUUUACAGGACUCUCAGGCGCAGGAAAAACUACGAUUUCUUUCGCACUUGAGGAGUACCUGGUAUCACGUGGUAUAUCUGCCUAUGGAUUGGAUGGUGACAAUAUCAGGACGGGCUUAAACAAGAACCUUGGCUUUAGUCCGGAGGACAGGGAGGAGAAUAUUCGAAGGGUAGCAGAAGUUGGAAAACUUUUCGCAGAUUCCGGGAAUAUUGCUCUUUGUGCAUUUGUAUCUCCGUACAGACAAGAUCGAGAAAUGGCUCGGAGCCUGCACAACGAGGCUGGGUUACCGUUCUUUGAGGUGUACGUAGAUACUCCGAUAGAGGAAUGUGAGAUUAGAGACACAAAAGGAUUGUACAAGAAAGCCCGCGCCGGAAUUAUCAAAGGAUUUACUGGAAUAGAUCAACCUUAUGAGCAACCAGAACACCCGGAUGUGGUUUGUAAGACUAUGCACAGGAGUGUGCAGGAGUGCGUGGAUCAGAUCGUCAAGAUGUUGGAGGAGAACUGUAUCCUUCCACAACCCUCCAAUCAGGCGGAUGAUUUGAUGGUUCCGGCGGAGAAAUUAGCUGAAGCAAAGGCUGAGGCGGAGAGGCUCCCUAGUCUUGAGAUUGAGGAGCUAGAGUUACAAUGGCUCCAGGUACUAGGAGAGGGAUGGGCUGCUCCGCUGAAGGGAUUUAUGAAAGAACGAGAGUUUCUCCAGUGUCAGCACUUUAACUGUCUACUAGAUGAUAAAUCAACUAAUCAAUCUAUCCCUAUAGUUCUACCCCUAAAAGCAGAUGAGAAGACGCGAUUGGAAGGUGUUACAGCUCUAACCCUGAGAUACAAGAACGAACCUAAAGCAAUUCUACGGAAUCCGGAGUUUUACGAACACAGGAAAGAGGAGAGAUGUGCUCGACAGUUUGGAACAACCAACUCGAACCAUCCGUACGUAAAGCAGAUCCUUGAGAGUGGAGAUUGGUUGGUUGGAGGGGAGAUAGAAGUCCUAGAGCGAAUACUCUGGAAUGACGGGUUGGAUAACUACAGACUAACUCCGGCAGAGCUUAGAGCUAAGUUUAAAGAGAUCAAUGCAGAUGCUGUUUUUGCCUUUCAGCUGAGAAAUCCGAUCCAUAACGGGCAUGCGCUUCUCAUGCAAGACUGUCGAAGACAGUUGGAGGAACGAGGAUUCAAAAAACCAGUUCUUCUCCUUCAUCCUUUAGGAGGUUGGACUAAGGAAGACGAUGUUCCUCUGUCUGUGCGGAUGGAGCAGCAUGCAAAGGUUCUUGAAGCUGGAGUUCUGGAUCCAAAUCAAACCGUCCUAGCUAUAUUUCCGUCUCCGAUGAUGUAUGCAGGUCCUACUGAAGUACAGUGGCAUGCUAAAGCAAGAAUGGCUACUGGAGCAAAAUUUUAUAUCGUUGGUCGAGAUCCAGCUGGGAUGCCACACCCAGAUCCUCCUAAACGUGAUCUAUACGAGCCCACUCAUGGAGGCAAAGUUCUCUCCAUGGCUCCAGGUCUAGCAAACCUGGAGAUAAUUCCGUUCCGAGUAGCGGCUUAUGAUAUGAAAGCGGGGGCUAUGUCUUUCUUUGAUCCAACGAGGAAAGAAGAUUUUGAUUUUAUCUCUGGAACUCGAAUGCGAGAACUAGCUCGAACUGGAGAGGAACCACCCAAAGGUUUUAUGGCUCCGGGUGCCUGGAAGGUACUAGAGAACCAUUAUAAAUCCGUAUCUCAGUCAAACACACACUGAAGCAUAUCGUCUACAUGUGAUUGUACAGCAUUUGGUCUUGUAGAAAUUUAAUCUCAUACCUUUCUAAUCAAAACAAAAUCAUGUGUUUUUUUGCAGAAUGUUUUAUACUUUAAGUUUUAGAUGUUUUAUUAAUGCAUAACGUUUACCAAAAAUAAAUGUUUCAAAAUAAUUUCUAA